CGCCGCUGCAUUGGCAUUUUGUCAAAUUUAGCCUCGAUGUAGUCAUAGAAGUAGGAGAAAAUUGCAUUCAAUCAAAGGCAUAUCAAAUUUAGAGAACUAAUUUAACGCCACGUCUGAGGCCACGGUAAGAAAUGCCUAUCAUGGAGGAUAGCGGCAUAGAUAGUGAGGAUAAGCAGUCGAAUAGCUACGAAGAUUCUACAGUGCCAAUAUUGGAAAAAGCAACAACACCAACCAACACAAUGACUGAGGCAUAUGAUGUGGUCGCAGUUAGCCAUAUGGCGGAUUUGGAGGUUGUCUUCCGUGGUAGCAGUGGUACAACGCUGGGAAGUAGUGCAAAUGCAGUUGUGCCUGAAGCCAACACAAAUAAAACGAUUGCCACAAAAACAGUAACGUCAGCAGCGCUAACGGCUGGUGAGAGUGAAGAUGAAUCCACAACGACUAGCAAUCAGCCGGCACCGAACACCUGUCGCAUUCUGCAGCGCAAGCUGGAGCUGAAGGUAGAACGGGCGAGACGCAACUUUAGUCAGCACCAACAGCAGCAAGAGCAGAUACGAAAAUCUCAAUCAGCGAAUCUCAUACCCAUUAGUCGGUUGCCCAUACCAGGCGAUUCGGAGCAGAAACCACUUGUAGAUUAUAAGUCCGAUAGCAGUGAUGAACCCGAGGAGAUUUCAUUCUUUCCUGCUAAACUGAAAAAUGCUCAGCGACAGCGCAAAACGGAACUUAGCGACACUUUCAGCAUACAGGAAAUGACUAUAGAGUCAGACGUGGACUCAGACGAUAGCGGCUCGCAAAACCUCGAAUUGUUGCCACCGCUGAGAAAGACGAACUUUUUGGAGAGUUUGAAAAUUUGCUUCGGCUGUGGGAGUAGAAGAAGCUAACUGCGUUGAGCAAACUACAAAAUAUUUAACGGAACAAUGCAAUAAAAAUCAAGUUGUAGCCAAAUUGUAUACACUAACUUACGACAAAUAUACAUGAAACGUGCAAAAUGACUGAGAAGUACAUAAUUUA